AGAAAAGUUUGCAAACAUAUUAUAAACAGUGAUUUGGGUUUUGGUUUCCAGUAUUGAAGUUCAAUAACUUUGCAAUAAAUGUAUUAAUUGUUUUGAUUAUUAAUUUUCAUAUCAAUCGGGAGUCCAAAAGGCAAUUAGUUUUGUGUCUGUAUUUCAAUCCCUUUAUAUAUCACUUUAUUUUCGCCCCAAAUAUUAAGCCAUUAAAGCAUUGAAAUCUCAUUCAUAACUAGUAUUGACAAUACAUUUGUUUUUUCCCCACUUUUUUCUCCCAAUUAUAAGUCAUUAAAAUCUCAUUAAAUUGUUAGACAUUUUGAAUAUUGAAUUGAAAAUAAUGUCUAAACUAUUAAUACGACAAACACUGAGAUUGCCGUCGAUUAUAGCCAUCGCUGGAAGUGCUAAAAGUGUGCCAAACAUUACUCCCGGACACCAUCUACUCGUCAGAGGCUUCAGCCAAACGCCGGCAAUGAAUCGCAUCGAGAAUGUGCUCAUCAUUGGAUCAGGUCUUAUGGGAUCAGGUAUCGCCCAAUCGUGUGCCGCGACCAAUAAAUUCAACUCAAUUACACUGCAAGACAUCUCUGAGGAUCAGUUAUCCAAAGCCAAGACUCGCAUCACUCAAAGUCUAACCAAUCUUAAGGAGAAGAAACGAACCAUCGCUGGAAGUGCUAAAAGUGUGCCAAACAUUACUCCCGGACAUCAUCUACUCGUCAGAGGCUUCAGCCAAACGCCGGCAAUGAAUCGCAUCGAGAAUGUGCUCAUCAUUGGAUCAGGUCUUAUGGGAUCAGGUAUCGCCCAAUCGUGUGCCGCAACCAAUAAAUUCAACUCAAUUACACUGCAAGACAUCUCUGAGGAUCAGUUAUCCAAAGCCAAGACUCGCAUCACUCAAAGCCUGACCAAUCUUAAGGAGAAGAAACGAAUAAACAUCGAUAACGUGGACGAAGUGGUCAAACGUAUAACACUGUCGACUGAAAGGAAACCGGUUUCCGAAGAGAAUCUUCUGAUCGUUGAAGCGAUUCCUGAACUGUUGGAACCAAAGCAGCGAAUAUUCAAAGAAUUGUGUGAGACUUUUAAACACAAUAAGUCUGUAAUAUUUGUGACGAACACGUCUUCGCUUCCGUGCUAUGAAAUCGGCAAAUAUGUUGAUUGCAAAGACAGAUUCGGAGGUCUACAUUUCUUCAAUCCGGUGCCUCUCAUGAAACUCGUAGAGAUUAUCAAAGUGAUGGACGGAACCAAUGAACACACUUUUGAAUCUCUUCAGCAGUUUGUCAAAGACAUUGACAAAGUGGGCGUCUCUUGUAAGGAUACGCCGGGAUUUAUUGUGAACCGACUACUGGUGCCGUAUAUGUUGGAAGCCGUCCGACUCCUGGAGAGAGGAGACGCCACCGCUCGAGACAUUGACAUUGCCAUGAAAUUGGGCGCCGGAUAUCCUAUGGGUCCCUUUGAACUGAUGGAUUAUGUCGGACUCGACACCAAUAAGUUCAUAGUGGACGCCUGGUCUGCGAGGGGUGACCCGAGUCUCACUAUAUAUAAGUCUAAACUACUCGAAGGUAUGGUUGCGAAGGGAAAUCUCGGUAAAAAGUCGGGCAAAGGUUUCUACGAUUACACAAAGAAAAAAUAGUGUCUUCGGAAGCAUUUUUUAUAUAUUUUUUAUUGGAAUAUACUUUUAACCAAAACUUUUUUGAUAAUAUUUUUCCACACAAUUGUUAUGUUUUGCAAUGAAAUUCCUUUUCUUAAGAAUAUGUCUGUUUUCAAGAAUUGAAACUUGAUUUAUAAUCCCUUUCCUCUCCUAACUUCUGAGCCAAAUAUUGCCAACAAUUUGUGUCAUUCUUUAUGCGAAUCAAUAAUAUUUUUUGAAUCGUUUUUGUAAUUUCUAAAACUUUUUUUUGUGUGUAAAUAAUAAAAACGCUUAAGUUUUGAAAAA